AUGGUAUACCUGGUCAGCCUUGCCAUCUAUCGUUUAUGGCUUAGUCCUCUCGCAAGAAUUCCAGGCCCCAAGCUGGCCGGAUUGACCCUUUGGUACGAAUUCUACUAUGAUGUUGUCCAGGGUGGUAAAUACACCUGGAAGAUUGCCGAAAUGCAUGAGAAAUAUGGUCCAAUAAUUCGAAUUAACCCCUACGAGAUUCACAUCAACGAUCCUGAUUAUUACCUUGAAAUCUAUACUGGCCCAAGCAAACGUCGUGAUAAAUGGGCGUGGUCUGCUGCGAUGUUUGGAAACUCCUUAUCCCACUUUGGAGCCAUUUCACAUGAGGAACAUCGACGGAAACGUUCGCCUUUAAACCCAUUUUUCUCCAAAAAAUCCGUCGUGCAACUGGAGCCUCGAAUUAAAGAAGUGGUCGAGAAGCUCUGCGCAAGACUUACGGGGUUCAAGAAGACGAAGGAGCCGGUUAACCUUCGCCAUGCCUUUGCUGCCGUUGCCAUGGACGUCAUCACCGAGUACGCUUUUGCCAGGUCAUUCAACUGUUUAGAUGAACCGGAUUUUGCCCCGUCCUGGCCAGAAGCAGUGGAUUCGGUUUCCGAGCAGAGUCAUCUGAACAAACAGUUCCCAUGGUUGCUGCCAUUGAUGAGACUCAUUCCCCUCUCCGUGGUGGAAAAGGUGAAUCCACACAUGAUGCGCUUAAUCAAACUCCAAAUUGUCUCGGAUAUUAUGAGCGGUAAAAAUGCAGAUGACCGAAAUUGGAGUCACGAUACUAUAUUUCACGAACUUAUCAAUACCCCCGAAAUCCCUGACGAGGAAAAAACUCUUCAAUAUCUGGUCGAUGAGGGUCAAUCGAUUGUUGCAGCGGGCCAAGUGACUACGACUCAUUACCUCAACACCACCGCGUAUCACAUUGUCGCUACCCCGGGUGUUGCGGAAAAGCUGAAAGCCGAGCUCGUGGAAGCCAUGCCGGACGGUGCACUACCGCCUCUGCAAAAGCUGGAACAACUUCCUUAUCUUUCCGCCGUGGUUCAAGAGGGCUAUCGCCUUUCUUACGGCGUGACACAUCGACUUCAGCGAAUAUCUCCAGACGAACCUCUUUUCUAUCACGAUUUCGUUAUCCCCGCAGGAACACCCGUGGGGAUGACGUCGGUUCUGAUACAUGAGAACCCCAGAUAUUUUCUCGAUCCAAAGCAGUUCCAACCAGAUAGGUGGCUGAACUCGGACUCUCAGAAGCUGAAAAGGUACCUGGUGAACUUCAGUAAAGGGACUAGAAGUUGUUUGGGCAAGGAAUUGGCACAAGCCGAGAUUUAUCUUACGCUGGCCGCCCUAUUUCGCAGAUUUGACUUUGAACUCUACAAAACGGCCAGGGCCGACAUUGAUGUUGCACAUGACUUUUUCAACCCACAGCCCAGAAGAGGGUCCAAGGGUUUGAGAGUACUUAUUCGAUAA